GUUACUACAGAAUGUGUAAUACCAUCUGUUAAUUUCAAAUGGAUCCAGACUUGCAGGAGGCCUUCAGUGAUGUUGAGAGCUCCGUAUACCGAACAGCCCUAAAACUACGCUCAGUACAAAGGCUUUGCCAGUUGGAUUUGAUUGAUGUUUCUCUGAUUCAGCACAUCCUAUCAAGUGAACAAAGGCAGAGACAAGAGCAGAUUUCUCUGAACAUGCAGCAAAUCUCUAGAAUGCUGAUGAAACUGUUCCAAAGGGCAAGAUUAGAAAAACCAGGCCAGGUAGAUCCAAGAGCUGCUGAAUUCACAUUGGGCCUACUGAUUGCCAUGUAUGACAGAUCUGGAACAGGGUAUGUCAAAACUAGAUCUGCUGCAGCUGCCCUAAUUUCCCUUUCAGGAGAUACUCUACUGGCUAAAUACAGAGCUUUUUUCCAGUUUUAUGCUGUCCAUGAUGGGAAGGAGACAUUAAUCACCUGUAGUGCCCUGAGAAGCCUUCUAACAGAUUUAAAUCAGAUCCCAGGCAUUGUGGGAGAAGGCUGCACUCUGUCUUGUGUGGAAAUUGCGAUUCAUGACUGUUUCCAUGGGGUUCUGAAUGCAGCUAUUGUUGAAGAAAAAUUCCUGUCUUGGCUGAGAUCAGAGCCUGCUGUUCUCCUGUGGCUCCCUACAUGUUACAGAUUAUCAGCCAUGGAAAUGGUUUCUCACCAAGCUAGAUGCAGAGUCUGCAAAGUUUUCCCCAUUACAGGCAUCAGGUAUCGCUGUUUAAAGUGCCUCAAUUUUGACCUUUGCCAAGCCUGCUUUUUCACUGGUCGUCUCUGCAAACCACAUAAGAGAUCACAUCCUGUUGUGGAACACAGUGUGCAGAUGUCAGCAAAGGCGAACGCAAAGCACUUUCUCCGCACCAUCAGGAACAACCUGUUUCAAGAGCACUGCAGAAGAAAAGAGGCUCAGAGAAGGACAGCUCUGGAGUCAGUGGAGGAGAGGCACUUCCCUGCUCACAAAAAGACUUUUUCUCCUGUGGAAUUCAGUGCUUCAUCACGACCUGGUCCUGAAAAUGUGUCUUUCCAAGUGGACAAUUGUGUCCCAGAAUCAUCCAGAUUCAUACCUGAAAACAGAACUGUAAUGCAGAAGAGUGAGAAUAACAACAAGACACCAGAGCAAGGCAAGACAAUAGCUCAGGCAAUAGCCUCUUUUGAAGCAGAUGUAUUGAAAAUGCAUGAAUCCAUUAAAAGCAUUCACAGUGACAGCAGGUACAUGAAGAAGCAGUUCAACAAAUGGAAGGACAAAAUGCAAUUUCUUCAUAACUGCCAGGAAGAAAAAAGCUGCAAAAUAGAGGCAAAACUCCAAAGACUGAGAGUAAGCCAUGAAAACCUACAAAUGAUGCUGCAGCACAUGAAGGAAGAAGUAAAGACCAUGUUGCAGUCAUCAGAGUGUCCUUUUGCACAGUGUCAUAAUACAAUGCCAAGAAAUUCACAUGUUCUGCUGGAAAGGAGAAUGCAGAGUGAAUUAAAUCCUGCCCAAAUAAGGCCUACUUCCAAAACAUGUGCAGAAUGGAAAUCUUUGAAUCCCCCAAACUCUUUAAAUAGAAUGCAGCUUUUACAGACACCUGAGGUUCCCACUGCAGUGGAAUUAAUGUUUUCAGAUGACCCACUGGAGUCAGUGUCUCUGCAGAGUGACAAACCCUUUAUGGGACAGCAUAAACAAGCAAAAGAGAAACAAACAUAUCUGCCUAAACUGACAGAAAACUCUCUUGGUGGAAUGGGGAAUACAAUUCUUAUUCCCACUGCAAUGCAGGUACCACCUGAUGAGAAGCAAGUGAGAGAGGAAUUGGAACUGCUAAUGAUGAAACUGAACGAUACAUUGUCUCUCCAAACCCAACCAGGUAUAAGUUCUCCAGUCAUCUUGUCACUGUCUUCUUACCUUCAUCCUGUUUAUUCCAUAAUAUUGUUCAUAAUCAUGUAA